UGGGUCCUUUAUGCAGCCCAAUUGCAUUGAGAUUCUUUUUACCAUUAACACUGAAGUGAUAAACUAAGCACAACAAACCUGUUUUAGUGAUAAAAAGGCUCAACAGUAAGCUUUGCUAAACAAGAAAAGAUUUUCGCAUUGAUGCAUUUUGGUUUGUACUGACAUAACGACUUCGGUUGCGAAUGCUUGUGUCUUGUGACCAGUGCACUUUACUCAGGGUGUGGGAACUUGGUAUGCAGUAUGCUUUUCCUAAUCACAAGACCAGUUUUUACAGGCAUGUCAGUACCCCAAGACAUAAUCAUCAAGUAAUGAGAAAGGAGAGAGGGGAUUGUUCUAAGCCUUCUCAUCAUGAACCACCUAUCAGAUGAUGUACCCUACGCCCGGAGUAGCCUUUUGGGCUCCCAUAGCUCUGUGCAUGAAGUCCAGUCAGUCAACAGUUCUGAGUUGGUGGCCAGACUUGAAUCCUACGAAAGCUCAGGAAAAAAAGGAAUUUCUGAUGUUAGAAGAACUUUCUGUCUAUUUGCCACUUUUGACUUUUUGUUUGUCACUCUACUGUGGAUUAUAGAACUAAAUUCAAAUGGUGGUAUUAUGGACGCCUUGCAGAAGGAGGUUGUGCAGUAUGACUACUAUUCUUCAUUUUUUGACAUAUUUCUGCUAUCAUUCUUUCGUUUUAACGUGCUAAUUUUUGCAUAUGCAAUGUGCAGAAUUCGUCACUGGUGGGCUGUAGCGGUUACAACAGCAGCAACGUGUGCCUUCUUGUUAGUGAAAGUGAUUUUAUCCAGGUUAUUCUCGCAAGGUGCUUUUGGCUAUGUCCUCCCUAUCAUGUCUUUUAUCCUGGCAUGGAUAGAGGCCUGGUUCCUGGAUUUUAAGGUCCUACCCCAAGAGGCAGAGGCAGAAAACCGACUCUUGAUGAUACGAAGUGUCUCUGAACGGGCUUCCCUUUUGCCACCUGCACCAGUGUCAGAGGGACUGUUUUAUUCACCACCCGAAUCUCCAGCAGAAUCUGAUGAGGAAACAGAAGAAAAACAGGACAGUGAAAAGCCUCUUGUAUAGAGAAAUGCAAAGGGCGGUAGCAUUGCUUUUACUGCCUGAAGCCUUACUGCAAACACAGAUGCAUCUUUGUUGCCGGAUAUUCCCGCGGCACUGUUUACAAGAAAUUAAGCCAAUUGGAGCCUCUGACCUGGGUACGCAUUACAAGGGCUUCUGUGUUUGCUUCUGCUUGAUCUUUUGACGUGAAUACCAUAGGACUGCAGAAUCCCAGUCGGUGUCCUGGAAAAUCCCGAGGAAAUGACUUGCUGAAACUAUGAAGUGAAUCUGCUCAGUUCUUUUGACAUGUUGGCCAUCUACUGCUUUUCGCACUUGGGGGAGUCCAGUGCCUUUAGGUUAAUUGGCUGUGAUAAGGCUACGUGACUUGCACUGGACUAGACUAGUGACUACUAAUGUCUCUGUAGUGUGACAAUGUAGGGCUUGUUUCAAUACAGAUUGUACAAAAACAUGGACUGUUGGCUCUGCAUUUUCACAUUACCUAUUCUGUAUAUGAAGAAAAUAUGGAAGAUUGUAUUUACUUACAUUACACGAUGCACGAGUUCUGUGGGUCUAUUAUGUAAAGACUACUAUUACUUAUUCAGGUUUUGUGCUUAGUCAAAAGUAUCUGUUUUUAUGAGUUCACCAUCAAGCUGCACCCAGAUUUUAGUGAUCUGAUACUGUAUUUUAUGGUUUGCUUUUAAUCGAUGCCCCUUGGGUAAAUUACACAUACUAAACAUAGCAGGAGAUCUUGUAAAGCUAACAGAAGUUACACUACUAAACCGUG